GAAAACAUUAUCAGAGAUGGCUUCAAAAAGCUGUAUCGUGAUCACAAAGUACUUCUUGUUUAUCUUCAACCUCUUUUUCUUUUUCCUGGGCGGAGUGAUGCUGGGAUUUGGCCUUUGGAUUCUCAUUGACAAAAUGAGCUUCAUUGCCAUGCUGGACACCGCCUCAGUCCCUCUCCAGCUCUGGUCGUACUUGUUCUCUGGCCUCGGCAUCUUCACCAUGAUGAUGGGGUUCCUCGGGUGCAUCGGCGCGCUGAAGGAAAUCAAGUGCAUGCUGGGAAUCUACUUCACAUUACUUGUGUUCCUGAUGGCGUCCCAGAUCACUGUCGGAGUUCUGGUUUACACCCAGAGGAAGGUGAUCGAUAGGAAGCUGAGUUUCGCAGUGAAAGACAUGAUUAAGAAGUACGACCCGAAUGACAAGCAGUUACAGAACCUGGAGGACAGUUGGGAUUAUAUCCAGCUCAAGUUCGCUUGUUGUGGCUGGAACAACUCUCAGGAGUGGCUGAAGAACCCCAACUUUUCAAGUAAUUCUUCAGGAAGUUUGCUGAGCGAAAGCCAAAGAUACCCCUUCCCGUGUUCCUGCCAGAGCUCUUUCUUCAAAAAUUUCACCUACCUCAAUCACACAGAGGAAUUUGGGAUCUGCUGGGCUUCCAGCAACCCCCUGACAGUGAAGAUCCAGGGCUGCAGGAGGAGGGUGUUUGAGUGGGUGCAAGAAAAUGUCAUCAGCAUAACAAUCAUCUGCAUCGGUAUCACCGUGGUAGAGCUCCUUGGGAUGUCGCUAUCGAUGUUAUUGUGUAGAAACAUCGACCCCGACUACGACAAACUCAUUCGCUUUCAGUAAACUGGAGACAUUGCGGGCAAGUGUGGAAGGACUUGAAAGCCAGCGCAGUUUAUUUUUCUCUUUUAAAUCUUCCUGCCAUAAUUUUACUUCUAAUUCAGUGUUUAAUCCCUGGAAGGAUUUGACUGGGAUCUACAAUUCUGAUACUGAACCCUCUGGGAUCAAAUGGACUCCACAAGCCCACCCACUACUAACCUUAAUCUAAAAUCUAAAUGAAUUCAACGCAAUCCAGGAGAUCGUGGCACUUUAUCGGGGAGUAAAAUCGACCCGAUGGAGGUGAAUCGGGACCACGGUGAAACAUUCCAUGCCGGAAAAGAUUACAUAUUGUCCGAGCAACCCUUCCACCCGCGCCGGACUUCAGUUUGUUCCUGACUGGCCAACGGACUGAGGUUGGACAAUAUAGACAGCAACAUGAGUGCAUUUUGCUUUUUACUUGGGUCGUCAAAAAAUCAACUAUUUUUCCAGGUUGAAUGAGCAGAAGUCAAAAGGGAAUUGGUGUUUUAGGGGAAUAAUUGUUGAUUUGUCAGUUGGACUUAACAGUGGCAGCUGCUGCCCAUUUUGGUUCCCCAGAACCAUUUUCAGUACAGUUCGACAUCUUGCGGGUCCAGAACCAGCGUUGGUGCAGAACUGCUUAUCCAAGCGGGCAUGGUAGCAAUCUUCAUUACAGCGCCCUAAAGUUAGAGAGAAGAACAUACAAUUGGAAGCAAGCAUGUAAGCCUUAGAUUGUUAAUUCAAAGGGAGUUUUUUUUUAAAGUCCUCGUGAUUUUGUUGAAGUGAAUAGUUAACGAAUUAUUUCAAAAUGAUUCUUCUCCAUUUUGAUUACAAUGCCUAAGCCCGUUGUCUUUUCAAUCCUGACCCCACUGGUGAAAUAAUGUACCUUCGGGCGCAUUGCGCGGCAACUUUGCCAGGUUUUUUUAAGCGUUGGUCUGUUUCGCGAGGCCGAGUCGCCGGCUCGACUGUCAACGCAGCACGGAUAGAAAGCGAACAAGGAGCCGGCCGGUUUUGAGCCUGAGGCCUCUCGCUGCGAAGCCUGGGGGGUGGGGGGGGGCAGAUACCACUGGCCCAGAGAAACCCCACUGGAGGUCUUUCUGUAAGAUGCCUUGUGCGACGAUCAGCAGUGGGACAGGAAGGGGUCUUUCCGAUGAAAGUACAGAGAGUAGCUCCUGGCUUGUGUCACACUGAGCACAGGCUUUGUAGUAAGUUUCCAUGAUCACCCUCAACUCAAGGGAUUUUGGAGAUCCUUCCCUGGGUUUAGCCUUGUGCGCAGUGGCAUCUUUCAUCGUAGGGGGUUUGCGAAAUGAUGAAUCGGGCCUUCAGAAGGUCAUGAGUAAACCAUGUUGUCGCUCACAAUGGAAAACUCCGGCAGAAUCCUGUCCCGAUUUUACAUUUCAUAGACAUGCUCUUCAACAACUUUAUCACAGGCUGCAUGCUGUGGGUAUCAGGAUCUGGAUAUUCAUUCCCGCUCAUUGUACAAGUCAGGUCCUCCUCGCUCUAUCAGCCAGACUGUUGCAAUUUUGAUCUUCUCUCUGGGGGGAGCUGACAUCUUUUUAACGUGACCGAGCACUUCCAGCCUUGGCUUCAGAACCACUCCUUACGCGAGCCCAAAGUUCAGGAUGAGGCACCGGAGUUAUACUGAGGGAGUGCCGUACCAUCAGAGGGACAGUACUGAGGGAGUGCCGUACCAUCAGAGGGACAGUACUGAGGGAGUGCCUCACCGUCAGAGGGACGGUACUGAGGGAGUGCCUCACCGUCAGAGGGACGGUACUGAGGGAGUGCCGUACCAUCAGAGGGACGGUACUGAGGGAGUGCCGUACCAUCAGAGGGACGGUACUGAGGGAGUGCCUCACCGUCAGAGGGACGGUACUGAGGGAGUGCCUCACCGUCAGAGGGACGGUACUGAGGGAGUGCCUCACCGUCAGAGGGACAGUACUGAGAGAGUGUCACACUGUCAGAGGGACAGUACUGAGAGAGUGUCGCACUGUCAGAGGGACAGUACUGAGGGAGUGUCUCACCGUCAGAGGGACAGUACUGAGGGAGUGUCUCACCGUCAGAGGGACAGUACUGAGGGAGUGCCUCACCGUCAGAGGGACAGUACUGAGGGAGUGCCGUACCAUCAGAGGGACGGUACUGAGGGAGUGCCGUACCAUCAGAGGGACAGUACUGAGGGAGUGCCUCACCGUCAGAGGGACGGUACUGAGGGAGUGCCUCACCGUCAGAGGGACGGUACUGAGGGAGUGCCUCACCGUCAGAGGGACGGUACUGAGGGAGUGCCGUACCGUCAGAAGGACGGUACUGAGGGAGUGUCUCACUGUCAGAAGGACGGUACUGAGGGAGUGUCACACUGUCAGAGGGACAGUACUGAGGGAGUGUCGCACCGUCAGAGGGACAGUACUGAGGGAGUGUCUCACCGUCAGAGGGACAGUACUGAGGGAGUGCCUCACCGUCAGAGGGACAGUACUGAGGGAGUGCCUCACUGUCAGAGGGACGGUACUGAGUGAGUGUCUCACCAUCAGAGGGACAGUACUGAGGGAGUGUCUCACUGUCAGAGGGACAGUACUGAGGGAGUGUCUCACUGUCAGAGGGACAGUACUGAGGGAGUGUCACACUGUCAGAGGGACAGUACUGAGGGAGUGUCACACUGUCAGUGGGACAGUACUGAAGGACUGCCGUACUGUCAGAGGGACAGUACUGAGGGAGUGUCUCACUGUCAGAGGGACAGUACUGAGGGAGUGCCUCACUGUCAGAGGGACAGUACUGAGGGAGUGUCACACCGUCAGAGGGACAGUACUGAGGGAGUGUCAUACUGUCAGAGGGACAGUACUGAGGGAGUGUCUCAUCGUCAGAGGGACAGUACUGAGGGAGUGUCACACUGUCAAAGGGACAGUACUGAGGGAGUGUCUCACUCUCAGAGGGACAGUACUGAGGGAGUGUCUCACCGUCAGAGGGACAGUACUGAGGGAUUGUCUCACCAUCAGAGGGACAGUACUGAGGGAGUGUCACUCUGUCAGAGGGACAGUACCGAGGGAGUGUCACUCUGUCAGAGGGACAGUACUGAGGGAGUGUCACUCUGUCAGAGGGACAGUACUGAGGGAGUGUGACUAAUAACUGGCUAAACAAGUUAAUUAUGUACACAAAUAAUUCCUUCCUGUACAGUAAGUGUGAGAUCAGUGUCACUGAGGGAUGAGAGGGUUGUACCUGUGCUCAGUGUCUAUUUCCACUGGUAAAGGCUGCCACACACUCUCGUUGUAACACUUGGGCACACCUCUGAGUUGGAGUGACAGUGGCCCAAACAGUCAAUGCAGUGAAAACCUCACUCACCAAUCACAGUGUCUUCUAAUUCCGAGUUGUACUAAAUGCAAUCAGCAGUGCGGUCGCUACCGAUCACUUUACUAUAUCUAAGGGUACUUCAAAGUUGUAUCAGUAUUAAGGUAUAAAAGUUCCAGGACUCUGUUUGUAUCUGAGUUAUAUCUUUAAUAAAUGCUCAACUGUGGAA